ACACUUCAUUUGAUAAUGGAGUACGCGAAAUUACUUGCAGUUUUUGGUGAUCUCGAAAUGAUGGUACUCAGUGUACUCGAAUCAGUAAUGCAAAGUAUGGUGUACGCAAAAUUGUUCGUUUUUCGAUACAGUAUUAUGCUGAGACAUUUAAUAUGCGCGAUUAUAGAAGAUUUUGAGGAUGACUAUUACGAUAAUUGGGAAGAAAAAAAAAUUUAUUUAGAGUACAACGCUUUGGCUAAAUUAUUUUACAAAAUUUCAAUGCCUUACAUUAUUGUUGCGGCUUCUUUGUAUUUUUUAAGACCUAUUUUGACUUAUUAUGUCAUAAUGCCGCUCAAUACAAGUAAUUUUACAUUCUUAGUGCUUCCAUUCCAGUUGACAACAUUUAUCCCUAUUGAAACGACCCAAUCGUACUUCAUAAUGUAUGGAUACUUAUCACCGAUGGUCUACUUAUUAGUAUGCCACAAUGCAUGGAUUUGUUUAUUAAUAACAAUGGUACUGCAUAUUUGCGGGCAAUUAGCGGUACUCAAUCAUAGAAUUAAAAAAAUUUCCGUAGAUAUUGAUGAAGAUAAAGUUCAAAUUAUUUUUAGACGACUUGUUAGACGUCACAUGCGAUCUGUUUGGAUGGCAAAGACACUUGACGAUACAUUUCAUUUUGUUCUGCUAAUUGAUUUAGUUGGCACUACAUUGCUUCUGGGAUUGAUGUCAUAUAUUGUGAUAAUUGGCUCAAGUAUGAGUGAAAGUUCAUUUGGAUAUGUUUACAUUAUAUGUAUAAUUGCAACAGCAUUUUUAAUUUACGGUUACUGUAUUGUCGGUGAAUGUUUACUUAAUGAGAGUAGAAAAGUUAAUGAAGCGUAUUAUGAAUGCUUAUGGUACAAAGCGUCGCAUAAAUUUCGCAAGUCAUUAUUAAUUUGUUUAAUUGAAACUCAGGAGCCGCUGAAAAUUACUGCUGGAAAGUUUUUCAUUUUUUCGUUGUCAGGUUUUACUGAUGUUUUGAAAACGGCGAUGAGUUAUUUGUCGAUGUUACGUAAAAUGACACAGAAAGAUUAA